UAUCCACUUUUCUUAUGCUAAUAUUAAUCUCUCUAAACAUGGAAUUUAUGCUACGAAUUAUUUUCAUAACGUCUCAUAUAUUCGAUUGCGAUUUGAAAAAAAUUUCGGAAUCACCUACAGAUCUUCACUUUUUGAGCGAUCUGAAUCUAGAUUCCGUGGCUUCUUCCUAGCAACGCGCGUCGGACAAAAUAGCGCAUCAAUAACAACAGCUCAGUUAUCUCCGGACAGGCCAUUGACGAGCAACACAUUCCAUCCUCUCUUCCCAAAAUCAUAUUCGGCACCACGAUACGACCGAUUUUUAUCGGUUAUUAAAUCUUCUUAGUGAUUAUUUAAGCGCACCAGCUUAAAUGUGCCGUCUCCAAGUAUAAGCGUUCACCGAGUCCGAGUUAUCUUAGCGUCGUCGCACAUUUCGGGAAGUCGCAAAGGAGCCAUCGCAAAUAUUUAGAAAUCGUCCGGAUCAUCACGGAUUGUGCCAGAUGAUAAGUGGAUCGCUGAAAUUAACGUCGACGACGAUCUUCUUGCCUUCGAUCUCUCCGAGCUCCUCGCAUCCGGUCUCUAAAUAUCUGACGAGAGCUGCUCAUGAGACGACACAUAACGGCAUUGCCAUCUCGGAAUAUUUUCGAAGGAUAGAAGAGGCGAGAAAAGGUGAAAUAUGACGAAGCCAAAAAUGUCGGCCUUGGUGGCCUCCGCCAUUCGCAAUCUGCGGGAAAUUCGUGGUUCCACGUCGAAGGAAAUCAUGAGUUAUAUUAAAUCCCAAUAUACGGGGUCGGACGCCAACAUACAAAAGCAGAUAUAUGCUGCCUUGAAACGCGGCUUGGACUACGGUAUCCUGAAGAGGGACCGUGGUUAUUACAGCCUGAAUACGGAUCCUGACAUGAUGUACAAAGCGCAUACCGUAGCGCCCUUGGAGCAAGGCAGGAGGAGGCGAAGGAGGCGACGACGUGGACGCGGAGUAUCGCGAAGGCGAAGACGAAGUCGCCGAGGCCGCAGGAGGGGCAGAGGCAGGGGCAGAGCCACGACCAGGGCUAGGGGCAGAGGCAGAGGCAGAGGCAGAGGCCGAGGCAGAGGCAGAGGAAGGAGGAGGAGGAGGAGAAGCAGAAGCACAAGAAGCGGAGGGAGAGGAAGUCCACCGCUUCCUAGGACGAGGUCUCUUGCAGCCAGGUGCAACAAAUGCUCGUCCAGAAAACGCACAGAGGACACCUUGGGAAAUUCCCCGGUGGAGAACCUCCGAAAGGACAUGACUUAUUUAUACAAGAACAAUACCAACAACCAGACGCCGUCCAGACACCAGAGCCGUAGUCGAGAUCGAAGUCAGACGCGCAGCCGAUCGAGUAGCAGUGACAAGGAGAUGAUUGACGACCGAAAUCGCGAUCAGCCGUAAACACCUACCCACGAAAAGAUACUGCGGAUCUUAAUCCUUCGCAGUCGUAUAUCGUCCAUGUAAAAUUGAGAUCAACAUUUUAUACAAAAUUGAACAUUUUUAUUGGAUACAUCAAGAAAUGUAUUAUUGUACAUUAUUUCGUAAAAUUCGAUUUGGUUUGGAAGAGAAAGCAAAUUUUAUAACCUUUUAAUCGAGACUGCAAAGGAUUAAUAAUUGUUCGACACGGUAGUUAUCGAUCAGUGACGCGGGGAUAACUCUCAUGAAUCUAGAUCUUUUUUUAUUUUUGCGAUAAAUUACAGUGGUCUGAAAUGUACGUCGACAGCGAGCCUUGUUUUGUAGUCUUCGACUUUUUACAAAUUUUAUAU